GUAAAUCAACCAGGCAUUCUGUCAUUCACUAGUCCUUGGGCUUCAUGUUGGCGUCUUUAUUUUUAAUUUUCAAUUAAAAAAAAUAAAGCACACCCUGCAUAGCUGGCAGAAAGGAAAUUAAACCGAAUCUCUUAUACUUCUAGACUGCUAAUAUAAGAAUGCAAGGAAUCUGCACCACGGAUAAAUGAUACAUCUAGCAAAAUCCACCACACUGUGGAUAAUGGAUGUAGUGAACGCAUUUCGGCACUUUCCAAAAUGAAAGUCCUGCCGCCUCGGAAAGAUAAGUCCAGACGAUACGUCCAGAUCAUCUGAGGGGACCAGCUCUGACCACUGUUAGGAUUUAUUUUACAACUUUAUACUCAAAAAGAAUGUUGGGAAAGAUGGGAUUUAUAUACCACUCCAGCCACAACUGAAAGCGAAUGGGGAUUGAAUUGUUUUUCCUCCUUUUCCUAUUUCUUCAAAGAAGUAAGAAUGUACAAGGAAAUUGUGACCCAGGGAAUGCAGGGAGCUGUGAAGACUGUUUGCUUUCCGGACCACACUGUGGAUGGUGUUUUCAAGAGAAUUUCACUGACCUGUCUGAAGUUUAUAAAAGGUGUGACACUCCUGACAAGCUUAUUUCAAAUGGAUGCCCAUUGGAUUUGAUUGAAUUUCCUAUUUCUAAAGUAAUAAUUGAAAAAAAUAAGCACCUGAGUGAAGGUCUCCAAAAAAACAACUCAGAUGUUACACAGAUUUCUCCUCAAAAGCUAACUGUUUUUCUCCGACCAGGAAAUGAAGAAACAAUACAGAUCAAUGUUCGUCAGACUGAAGAUUAUCCGGUCGACCUGUACUAUCUCAUGGAUCUAUCAGCUUCCAUGAAUGAUGACCUGAAAACCAUCAAGGAACUGGGUUCUACCUUAUCAAAAGAAAUGUCUAAACUCACAAGUAACUUUCAGCUGGGAUUUGGGUCAUUUGUAGAAAAACCAGUUUCACCAUUCAUCAAUACUCUGGCAGAAGAAAUACAGAAUCCUUGCCGAAGUGUCCCACAUGACUGCUCACCAACAUUUGGAUACAAGCAUGUUCUGUCAUUGACCAGUGAUGCCGAGAGAUUCAAUGCUAUUGUGAAAGAACAGAAAAUCAGUGCAAAUAUAGACACUCCAGAGGGAGGCUUUGAUGCAAUUAUGCAGGCAGCUGUGUGUAAGGAAAAAAUUGGAUGGAGGAAUGAUUCAUUACAUCUGUUGGUGUUUGUGACUGAUGCUGAUUCCCACUUUGGGAUGGAUAGUAAGCUAGCAGGCAUCGUUAUUCCAAAUGAUGGAGAAUGCCAUUUGGAUGAUAAUAACGAAUACUCCAUGUCAACUGUUUUGGAAUAUCCAACUCUGGGACAAUUAAUAGACAAGAUAAUACAAAACAAUGUUUUAUUAAUUUUUGCAGUAACAAAGGAACAGGUUCAUUUGUAUGAGAAAUAUGCUGAUCUUAUUCCUGGAGCUACUGUUGGAGAACUCCAAAAAGAUUCUGGCAAUGUUCUGCAGUUGAUUAUUGAUGCAUAUAAGGCACUUCGGUCCGAAAUUGAACUAGAAGUGUUUGGAGACACAGAGGGACUAAACCUGGCUUUCACUGCCAUAUGCAACAACAACACUGCCAUUGCACAUGGGAAGAAAUGCUCUCACAUUAAAGUGGGAGAAGUGGUUACUUUUAACUUGACCAUAAGCCUAUCUGAUUGUGAGAAAAGUAGGACAGUCCUAAUAAAGCCCGUGGGUCUCAGUGAAGCUCUGGAAAUUGAUAUUCAGCCAGAGUGCAUCUGUACUUGUCAGAAGGGAGCAGAGGCGAAUAGCUCUAAGUGCAACAAUGGGAAUGGCUCUUUUGAGUGCGGAGUGUGCACUUGCAAACCUGGCUACGUGGGUCCUUUUUGUGAAUGUGAAGAAAAACAAUCACUGAGGACAGAUGCCUGCAGAAGUUCUCCUGAGCAGAAGUUUUGUAAUGGAAGAGGUGACUGCUAUUGUGGGCAGUGUGUUUGCCACCUGUCAGCUUAUGGAAAUAUUUAUGGGCCAAACUGUGAAUGCGACAAUUUCUCUUGUGUGAGAUUUAGAGGACUGCUGUGUGGAGGUAAUGGAGACUGCGACUGCAACAAGUGUAUCUGCCACAAUGGCUGGACAGGGGAGUACUGUAACUGCACCACAGCCAUUGACAGUUGUAUUUCUGAAGGUGGGAUAGUCUGCAGUGAGAGAGGUGAAUGCAUUUGUGGGAAAUGUGUGUGUACACAUCCUGGGGUUUCAGGAAACACAUGUGAAAAAUACCCUACCUACAGUGAUCCUUGCACUUCCAAAAGGAAUUGCGUGGAAUGUUAUUUAACAUCUAAUGAUCAGUCACAGGAAGACUGCACUGAAAUAUGUAAACUGGUUGAUGCCACUGUCAAUAGUGAAGAAGAGGCUGUGAAGGAUAAAUUUGUUCCUUGUUCGUUACAAGGAGAAAAUGACUCUGUUAUUACAUUUCUAAUGGCAACUGAUGAACAUGGGAAAGUAACAAUCCACAGCAUAAAGCAAAAAGAUUAUGCCCAGCUCCCCAAUAUUACAAUGAUUGCCCUGGGUGUCUUCAGCGCAGUAGUUGUUACUGGUGUUGUCAUCCUUUGUAUAUGGAAAAUGCUUAUUUCAUUUCAUGACCGCAAAGAAGUUGCUAAAUUUGAAGCAGAGAGAUCAAAGGCCAAAUGGCUAACAGGAACCAAUCCACUGUACAGAGGAUCAACAACAACAUUUAAAAAUAUAACAUACAAACAAAAAGAAAGGCAACCAGGAUCUGCUGCAGAUAUUUAUUAGAAGUCCAAAUAUUUAAGAACAAAUGUCAGUUUGGAAGAUAUUAGAAAACAACAUGAUUUGAAUGAAUGGAGCCUUGUUUACAUACUAUAGUGGUACAGUAAUUUUGAAUCAAAACAAUACAUGCUUUACAUGGGUGAGAGACUCUUGAAACAAUGGAUGAAUUGGAUCUAUAGAGGUAAUUUUGUUUGCCAAGCCCCUCAGUAUUUGAAGAUGUCAAUAAUACCAGUAGAAAGCAGCACAAGAGCAUGCAAGUAGCCUAGCAAGAAUACAUUUAUUGGUCAGACAGCUGUCAGCAGUCAAGCACUGAUAGUUAAUCUGAGUGGGACAUACCACAACCAAGCUGCAGUCUUAAAAUACACUUGCAAAUGUAACUUUAUCCAUGUUUACUUAGGGAAAAAAACCUCCACAGACUUCAACAGUACUGACUCCUAAUUGUGUGUACAAGUUCCUGAACACAGUGGUACUUUUUCUUGAACAAAUAUGCCAUGCAGCAUUUGCUGUUCUGAAAACAUCCAGUUGCAUUCUUCUAAAUGUAAUCCAUAAUUUGUCAGAUAGAAGCUAGACAAUUGAACAAUUUGUCAGCUUCGCUGUCCCACAUCAUAAUAUUAAAACUACUGAAUCUCAAAUUCUUUCCAUCCUGAAAUAUAAAAUAUGAAAUAUAUUUGCAAAUCUUGGUAAAAUUGUGUUAGAAAUUCUCCAAAAUGUAAUUCUCAACCAUCCCUAAAAGAAAGAAUCCCUCAUGCUUUAACAAUAAAAGGAAACCAGCUGAUUUCUAGCUAGAUUCCACUGGCAGGACAAGGGAGAGGGAUGGCAACAGAGGGAUAUUUUGGUGGUGGUGUUACUCCAGAGCGGUCUUUCACUAUAAGUUACUCAUACUUUGAAUGUAUUGUGUAUUUUAUAUAGACACUGGAUAUGUCUUAGUUGUUUUUACUGAAAUAGUUUUGACCCAAGGCUGGACCUUACAUAAGGCCAAAACAUGUUAUUACUCACUGGAGUUCUUCAGACAUUUUGUUGUUGUUUUGCUAUGUGUAAAUAUAUGUGUGAAUGGUGUGCAUUAAAUUUUUUAAAUUAAAUUGUAUUCCAACUUUUUAAAAAAAAUCUAAGAAAGCCAUUUAAAAUUAGUUUUCUUUGUCUUUAAUUUUUAAAAGAAAAAUAUAAUCAAAGUUACAGUAAUUAAGUAGUUUUUCACAUCCUUUGGCUUUAGAGCACAAGGGGUGUUCAAGGAUCAGCAGGUCAAACAUCCAUGCUGGUUAUUAUUUCUCAUUUACCUUAUUCGAUUUAAUUUGUCUUCUUUUUUCUCUUAUGUUUAAUAAACUGUAAAAAUCAGAACUUAGACCUGUUCAGAAUUGCA